CAACUUCCACCAACGAAGAAGAACACAGUGAUGUACAGUUCAGUCAUUCGCCCUCUGAGGAGGACAGUUAGCUGUUAGCAUUUAGCUGUUAGCCAGCAGGGUGAAGAAGUCCACAAGGAGACCAGACUGAGAUGGUGUUGGUCCAUGGGUGUGAGCAGAUUGGAUAUAUUCUACAGACGGCUGCUCCUCACCAAACUCUUCAUUGGGGGAUGGGGCAAGCCUGAGGACUUAAAAAGAAUCUUUGAGUUUCGUAAGAUCAUCGGAGACAGAGAGAAGUGUCAGUUUCUGGUUCCUGAGGAUUAUCCCGUUUAUAUCAACAAGACAGAGGAGCACUCAGACUGUCUGAUCCACGAUGGCUUCCUGAUCUCCCCUCUUGAACACCUGGUUCCUGGAAUCCUCCCACCUGAGUCUGUCAAAGCCAGGUUCCAGUUCAUUGUUCCAAAGAGAUGGAAGAACAACAGACCUGUGUGUAUACAACUGGCCGGGACCGGCGACCAUUAUUUCUGGCGUCGGAGGACUCUGAUGGCUCGUCCGAUGGUUAAAGAAGCAGCCAUGGCGUCUCUGCUCUUAGAGAAUCCCUACUAUGGAUACCGUAAACCCAAAGACCAGCUGAGGUCCUGUUUGAAGAAUGUCUCAGAUCUGUUUGUGAUGGGCGGUGCUCUGAUCCUGGAGUCCACUGUGCUGCUGCGAUGGCUGCAGAGAGAAGGUUACUGGCCCCUGGGCAUGACUGGCAUCUCAAUGGGAGGCUACAUGGCGUCCUUGGCGGUGACGAACUGGCCAAAGCCAAUCCCACUGGUUCCCUGUCUGUCCUGGUCCACAGCCUCUAGCGUCUUCACCACGGGCGUGCUCAGCAGAGCAGUGAACUGGUCCGAGCUGGAGAAACAGUAUGCUGUUAACUCGGUGUAUGAAGAGGAGAUCAUUAACCUGCUCGAGUACUGCGGGGCGGACUCUUUUAAGACAUGUCAAGACUUGAUAAAGAAUCACGGAUCCCUGGAUGAUCUGCUCACUCUGUCUGAGGACAGGUCUUCAUCAGGACAGAAAUCAGGACGGGGGUUUAUGAUUGGUGGAGACCAUGUGGACCAUUUGUUAUCUUCAGUCAGCAGCAGCGGGACCACACAUGACACCGUACGGAGAAGUUUGAACUCCAGCAUGCUGCAAGGGAGGAAGACGGCUUCAGACUCUCGGCCAUCUUUGCACAAAGAGUCCAUCAGCUUCAUGAAAGGAGUGAUGGAUGAGUGUACCCACAUGGCCAACUUCUCUGUACCUGUGGACACGUCCCUGAUCAUCGUGGUUCAGGCCAAAGAAGAUGCUUACAUCCCUCGGACCGGCGUCCUUAGCCUGCAGGAGAUCUGGCCGCAGUGCGAGGUCAGAUACCUGAACGGAGGGCACAUCAGCGCCUACCUGUUCAAGCAGAACGUCUUCAGACAGGCCAUAUACGACGCUUUCAACAGAUUCUGUGUCAAAUAUCCAAACCUGCACUAAACUUUGACCUGAGUAGUGACCUGAUCCUGAUCCUAAUCCUGAACCUACAUUUCAACAUCCACCUGGACCUGGGCCUGAUUCUGAUCCUGGACCUUGAGCUGAAUGGUGGUCAUGACAAGUAGACAGUUGAGAUCUUAAAGUCUGUAAAUGAUCAGUAUGACUUCUAUAAAGGGACAGCGUGUGAGUGUGUUUUUUGUUAGCGUCAUUGUUGGCCUGGUCAUGUGAUCAGUACUUAAAGUUUGCUAUGAAAUAAAUCCAGAUGCUGUUGUGUUCAAC